AUGACUGAAGAGAAUGAAAGCGUCAUCAAACAAAAGGAGCAAGGGCGAUAUUGCCUCUUUCAUCGAGAUCACGACCAUACGACACAAGACUGCUUUGACCUCAGGGAAGAAGUGGAGAAUCUCAUUCGGAGGGAAUACCUCAAGGAGUAUGUAGAUGAUCCCAAGGCGACCCCGAGCGACAAACGCGACAGUAAAUCCCCUGCCAGGGAGAUACAGACAGUACUGGGAAGUCCAACGGAGAGAGAGUCUAGCAGGAAGAAAAAGGCGAGUGUGCGAGAGGCUAGGGCAAGCCUAGGGCAGUACGACAUUUACCAUACAUUCUUUUCAGGUACAUCGGAUCCUGGUAGAUGGGGCAGCUCGACUGACAUCAUAUCACUAACAACCUACAAAGCUAUGGAUUUGGGUGAUAGGAUGCUGAAGAGCAGCCCGACCCUGCUGGUAGGGUUCGGAGGAGAACGAGUCAUUCCAGAAGAGAAGAUAGAGCUACCGGUGACGUUUGGAAGUGGGUCGAAAAACAUCACUAAGAUGGUGGAGUUCUUAGUUGUUGACUACUCUUCAUCUUAUAACGCUAUAUUGGGAAGACCGACCAUACACAUGCUAAAGGCGAUAUCCUAA